AAAAGCCUUUUUUUUUUUUUUUUUUCGAACCAAACUGUUGCUUGUUCCUUUUUCGUACCAAAGGUAUAUUCUUUUCUCUCUCUGGAAUUUAACGAAGAUUUAGCCCUAAUCUUUCAAAUGCAAGAGGCCUGAAACUCGAUCUCGGCCUUCGAGUUUUCCGAUUGUGGUUUCAGGUGCAUUGUAUUUCCUUGUUCUUAAUAUCAACCUUUUCAUCGAGGUCUUUCCUUGGUUACUCCUUUGGACGAGUAAUCAUGGGGAAUAACUGGCUCUGGUUCAUGGAUCUCGAUGGAGGGUCACCAUAUAUUUUUCCAGUGGAACCUCUCGCAAUGAAUAGUUUUGGAGGGCACAUGUUUUCUCAGAUUACUUCAUUUAUGGACAAUUCCUUUUACCAACAUAGACAUUUAUCUUUACCCGGAAGUUUAGCUAUUGAAGGUUUUAACCACAUUGCCAAGCUCGCCGGUGCUAUACUUUUUGUACUGUCUAGUGGAUCCAGUGUUAACAUGAACGGGGAAAUUUCAGGCAAUCCACAUGGUUCCAAACCCAGAAGCUGUACAUCUUUUUUGCAAGUUAAGCACAUUACUUCUGGUAAACAAAACUUUAAAAAAUUCCGCUUCAGUUUUAGAUCACAAGGUGACUCUAGGAUGCCAGUUAUAUUUGGUAAGAUAUCAAGUUUUGUGUCAAAGCUCAUGUUCAGAGAAGCUGAAAGGUUACAAUCGUAUUCUGUACUUUCACUCGCUGCUGCACUUGUACCACCGUUGGACAACAUAUCUUCAAAGGUACUGACUCCUCCAUUGGAGAAUUCUGAUGUCAUGGUUCACAGGCCUUGUGAUGUGGAUCAUCAAGGACGUGCAGGUCUAUCUUUCCCCGAUUUGAAUUGGAGAAGACACGUAGUUGAGCCGAGAACUGGCAUUGAGUUUCCUAUGAUUUUGCACAACAUUUUAGCUGGAGAAAAUAAUUCCAAUAUAUGUUCAGAGGUCCUUGUUGGAACUGGAUCCAGAACAAUGACAAUAAUUAAAGUAAAGUCUUUGAAGAUCUAUGCAUAUGGGUUUUAUAUUCAACCUUCCUCUGUUUGUGAGAAAUUGGGUCCAAAAUAUGCAUCAGUUUCAGCUGAUGAACUAAAUAAGCGCCAAGAUUUUUAUGACGAUCUUCUUAGGGAGGAUAUCGGUAUGACUGUUAGGCUUGUGGUUAGUUGCAAUGGAAUGAAAAUCAAUUCUGUAAAAGAUGCCUUUGAGAAAUCCCUUCGAGCCCGAUUAGUCAAGACAAACCCAAAUACCGAUUAUCAUUGCAUAAGAGCAUUUGGCUCAUGCUUCACACAAGACAUUCCUUUGCCCGCGGGCACGACAAUUCAUUUCCGACGAACAGCUGACGGUCAAUUGAUUACUGAAAUUGGAGGUAAUAAGGUUGGAGCAGUGGAGAGCAAGGAUUUGUGUAAGGCUUUUUUUAGCAUGUAUCUUGGAGAUGUUCCUGUCUCGGAGCAAACAAAAGAAGAGAUCGGAAGAAAUGUCGCGAACCUAAUGAGAAGAUGCUGAGAUUGUUCAUGUCAAGUCUUCACUGCUGGUGAUUGUAGAUAUGAUAAGCUUCCUUUAGCUACUUCAUUUUGCGUUAGCUACUUAGCUACAUUUAGUUUGGUUUUUCAAGAGUGCUCCCAAAUUGGUUUAGUGGAAAACUAGAUGAUAUAGUAGAUAUGAAAGUGGAAAAUUAGCAGCAAAAGUAGGCAAGAAGAGACUUUCUACCAAAUUCGUAGCAUCAGGGACAAUCAUCAUAAAUGGAUGGCCCUGAUUGUACCUAGAAUUGGCUAGAUUUCAACUUUGAAUGGUUUGACCAACAAGUCUUCAAAGGUUAGGUUAUUAAUGAGAGGCUUACUUAGUCUCAAUUCUUUGUAGAUCUCAUAUGUUUUGUAAUUCUCUUCACAUGUUAUAUGCUAACUCUUUAGUCCCUUGAAAAAGUUUCAGAUGGGAUAUACAAGUUACCAACUUCUUUCU